UCCUCUUUUUUAAAGUUGAUUCAUUCAAGUUGAUUGUCUUGUUGAUUGCUGACAAUUUAGAUUCUCAUUCAUCUUUGAUUUAUACAUUUUCAUCAUCUUUUGUAUUUGUAAAUCGUUACUAAUUCAUCAAAGGCCAAAUCAAUGGCCAAUAAAUUAAUUUUAUUGUUGAUAUCCAUCGGCCUGGUAAUCAAUUCGUGCCAAGGUAUUACUAAAAGUGAUCUUUUUCCGUUCGGUGAACCAGAUGAUAAAAUAUUAACGGGUAGUGAUGAAGGAGCGUCGCAAUCAAUUCAACUUUCAUCACCAAUUAUCCUCUUUGGACGUGCCUACGAUUCCCUUUAUGUUAGCAUCAAUGGUAUCAUCUCAUUUCUGGCUGAUUCGGCUAAUUACCUUAAUUAUCCUUUACCAUUAAGUAUUCCAAUGAUUGCUCCAUUUUAUGCUGAUAUUGACACUCGAACAACAGGAAAAGUUUAUUACCGACAAACUUCCAAUCCUGAACAAUUAACUUUGGCCAAUUCUUACAUAAAUUCAGUAUUUACUUCAGGAUUAAAUUUUCAAGCUCGAAAUUUGGUCAUCGUAACUUGGUUAGAUGUUGGUCGAUACCGGAAAAAUUUAUCUUCUAUUGAUGAAAACGCUGAAUUGAAAAACACUUUCCAAACAGUAAUUGCGACCAAUGGACAAGAAACAUACGCUUUCUUCAUGUAUCCACAAAAGGGAAUCACUUGGUGUAAAAGCGAUGACAAAGAAUCUCGAGAAUCCGCUUUAGCUCAGGUCGGUUUCACUGACUUCAAUGGUUACAAGUUUUACCCACUCGAAGUGUCAGGAACAUCAAAAACUCUUAAUUUGGAUAAAAUGUCAAAUAUCAGAGAAAGAGGUGUAUUUAUCUUCCGUAUCGGUAAAGCUGGACUUUCUGGUAGUGUCGUUGAGCCCGAUCGACCUGCGUCACCUAGAGAAAUGGAAACUGGAUUAAGUGAAGUACCAGAUCGAUGUGAAACAACAUUCGACCCUUGUCCUCAAGAAGCUGAUUGUGAACAAUAUUCGAUUGGAUUUUGUUGUAAGUGUAAAGAAGGUUAUAUCGGCAAUGGAAGACAAUGUAUCAAAUUGGAAUCUUCACCAGUUCGAUUAGUUGGACAGGUUCAUGGAACACUCAAUGAUCAAAAUAUUGGAACUGCCGAUAUCUAUGUAUAUGCUGAUGGAAAUUCAGGUCAAAUUUAUACAACAAUCAGUCGAUUGCAAAAUAUGCAACCAAGUGAUUUUCAAUCACUAAUUUCACUGACUGAUUUGAUUGGUUGGCUUUUUGCUCGAGGUCAACCGGGAACUGUCAAUGGUUUCAGCUUAACGGGUGGUGUUUUUAAUAGAACUGCAAGAAUCACAUUCCCAUCAUCGGGCGAACAGGUUACAUUGACCGAACGGUAUCUUGGACCCGAUGUUUAUGGGAAUCUUAAAAUGGACAUUGGAUUAACGGGAAAUUUACCAGCGAUUCCGAUGGGAUCAAAGGUUGAUUUUGACGAUACUAUCGAGGUUUAUACAAUAACGGCACCAGGAAGCAUAGUAAGCUCAUCUACAAGAUCAUACAAACUUGCCGGCGGAAGUGCAAUGGACAUACCAAUUACUAUUGAACAAGAUAUUUCAUACUAUUCUUGUGCUUAUUUACCAAAAGAACAGUAUGUUGAUACAAUCAAAAUAUCAGCGCAAAAGUACAAUGUAGAUGUUAGGACGAUUUCGGACCCAAUUCGAUUCACUGCUGAGUAUUCUGUUGUUCCACCAAUUGACAAUCCAUGUAAGGCUGAAACUGCCGUUUGUGGGCCCGAUAGUCGCUGUGUUGUGGACGGAGAAAGGUAUCGAUGUGUUUGUAAUCCAGGCUUCCAGAGUAACAGCGAGUCUGAUCCAAAUAGUAUUCGAGCCAUGUGUGUGGAUAUAAAUGAAUGUACAACAAAUCAAUCUCGAUGUCACAAAGACGCUAAUUGUGUAAACCAACCAGGAAGUUAUCGAUGUAUCUGUAAUGAGGGUUUCGUUGGAGAUGGUUACAGAUGCCGUAGUAAAGAUUCAAUGUGUGGGGAUAAAUUCUGUGACCCUAAUGCUGAUUGUUUACCAAAUGCUGAUGGUUCAAAGCGAUGUAUUUGUCAACCUGGUUACAGUGGAAACGGAAUAGUUUGCCGAUCAAUUUUAGGUCAACCUGGAUCCGGUAAUUCAUGUCCAUUAGGCCUUCAAUGUGAUCGAAAUGCCAAUUGUGCUAUUCAUCCUGUAACUAAAGAGUACAGUUGUGUUUGUAAUCCAGGAUUCACAGGUAACGGGUUAGUCUGUGAAUCAGCAGGUAAAGUUUGCUCAAGUGACGCUAAUUGUGGUGAAAAUGGCCAAUGUAAAACGGGCUAUUCGGAGGCUGGAGUUGGUUAUUGUGUUUGUAAGCAAGGCUAUUAUGGCGAUGGAUUCACAUGCAUUAGAUCAACUGGACCCAGAGUAACGGAAAAUUGUUUCACCAGUAAAAUUUGUGACACUAACGCUGUUUGUAGUGACCUGCCUAAUGGUGAAACCAAAUGUAUAUGCAAUGAAGGCUACACGGGAGAUGGUAAAACAUGUACAAUAAUUUCCGAUUGUAAAAUGGACACUGAUUGUCCAGCUUCGGCAAAAUGUGAUCCUCUUCCGGAAAUCGUUGAUGGUGGUAAAUGUACUUGUAUUCAGGGUUUCGUUAUGAUUGAAAAUAAUUGUGUCUCCAAUGAUAAGGCUCCAUGUAAUUUGGUUAAAAAUUGUCAUUCUGAUGCAACCUGUAAAUUUAAUUUAGAUGAGAGACAAUUCAAAUGUGCAUGUAACAAAGGUUUCAAAGGUGAUGGUAAAAAUUGUGAAUCAAUUCAGGUUCCAUGUAACGUUUUAAAUACCUGUGGGUCUAAAGCUGAUUGUAAUUAUAAUCCAAUUGAAUUGGGUUAUCGGUGUACAUGUCGGGCAGGUUAUUCCGGUGACGGUUACACUUGCGUUCCCUCAUCAUCAUGCCGAGAAAAUCCUUACCAAUGUCAUCGAGAUGCUGAAUGUGUCUUUUCACCAACAACUCGAGCUUAUCAAUGUAAAUGUAACAAUGGAUUCGCAGGUGAUGGACUUGAUUGUCUUCCAAGUAAUCGUUAUGAUGGACCUUAUUUAAUUGCCACCCAAGGAAUGUCUUUCGCCCGAUUACCAACAUCGCCCGGUCGUCAAGGUGAACUCCUUUUCGUCUUGAACAAUAAUCUACCGGUUGGAAUUGCAUUUGAUUGUUUGAAAGGAUCUUUAUAUUAUACCGAUCUGAUUGAUAAGGCCAUUUCCAAGGCUGGUCUCAAUUCAACCCACGAUACAACAAUUGUCUCCGGUCUAUCAUCACCCGAAGGCCUGGCAAUUGACUGGAUAAGUCGUAACAUCUACUGGACCGAUUCGCUUAAAAAGACAAUUCAAGUUUCACGGCUUAACGGGUCAUUUGUCAAAACUCUGAUCAGCGAUGGGCUCACUAAUCCAAGAGGAAUCGCUCUUCAUCCUGGACUGGGUAAAAUGUAUUUCACUGAUUGGAAUAGAGCAGCGCCUAAAAUUGAGAUGGCAAAUAUGGAUGGAACCAAUAGACAAGUUCUAGUUUCGGAGGGCAUAGGUUUACCCAAUAUGUUGGCCAUUGAUUACACGACCAAUGAGCUUUGUUGGACAGACGCUGGUGCCAAACGGAUUGAAUGUAUUGACCUUUAUGGAUCCAAACGUCGUCUUGUUCAUACCUUCACAACAGGUUAUCCAUUUGACUUAGCGGUGGUUGAUAAUUACAUCUUUUGGACUGAUUGGGAAACGAAUAAUGUUCAUCGAGUUGGUAUAAAUGGAGGUAAAGAGGAAACGUUGAUGAUUCCCAAGGGAUCGAACGGUCGACUUCAUGGAUUAACGGGAAUGUCCGAAGCAUGUCCAGCGAUGGGUAAUCAAUGUCGAGUUCGUAAUGGAGGAUGUAAGUUCCUUUGUCUACCCUCAGGACCAAGAUCACGAACUUGUACCUGUCCCGAUGAUGAUGGUUCAGGUGAAGAAUGUAGUCCAUUCGUUAUACCUCCAACUGGACAACAACAACAGGGACAAUCAACUCCAAAUGAAGUUGCUCCAAUUUCAUAUUAAUCAAUUAUACUCACGAUUUAAAUAAUCAUCACUUUCUCUUUUUCCGAUAAAAUAAUCAAAGUAUUUUUCUCUUUACAAUUAUCUUCUUCUUCUCAUGUAUCGUUGCCUGAAGAAAAUGUUAUUCCAACAAUUUACAGAUAGUAAACCAAAUUAAUCACCUUA